AUGGCCGCAUCACACAACCCCGACGGAAGUGCCGCCUCCCUCGACGCCGCCAGCAUUGAUCCCCUCCGCGACACACAGUACGACUUCCCCCGCGACCACGUCGGCUACGGCCGCGACCCGCCCAACCCGCGGUGGCCCAACGGCGCCAAGAUUGCCGUCUCCUUUGUUAUUAAUUACGAAGAGGGCGCCGAGCGCAGCGUGCAAAACGGCGAUGCCCAGUCCGAGUCCCGCGCCUGGGAGCAUUCGGACAGCAAGCCCCCCCAGGUCGGCGCCCGCUCCCUGAAUUCGGAAAGCGAAUACGACUAUGGCUCACGCGUCGGCGUGUGGCGGCUGCUGGCAUGCUUCGAGGCGCACCAGAUGCCGGUGACGGCGUUUGCGGUCGGGCAGGCGCUGGAAAAGAACCCGGCGGUGGCCGCCGCGUUCGGCCAAAACGGGCAUGAGAUUGCAUCGCACGGGUACCGGUGGGUGACGUACCAUGGGAUGACGCCGGCGCUCGAAAAGGCGUACGUGGAGCGGCAGCUCGCGUCCUUGAAAGCGAGCACGGGCCAGUACCCCGUUGGCUGGUACUACGGCGCACUCUCGCCCUGGUCCAAGGCCAUCAUCCACGCGGUCUACCAAGAACAGGGCCUUCCCUUGCUGUACGAAAGCGACAGCUACUGCGACGAUCUGCCGUACUGGGUGGACGUCCCGGCCGAGAAGGACGUUGCCGACCCGCAAGGCAUGCUCAUGGUUCCGUAUUCCUACGACUGCAACGACGGCAAGUACCACACUGCGUCCGGCUGGAGCGCGCCCUCCGACUUUGAGGCGUAUCUCAAGGCCGCCUUUGACGUCCUCUACGCAGAAGGCGAGCGCGGCGCUCCCAAAAUGAUGUCCAUCGGCCUGCACUGCCGCAUCAGCGGAAAGGCCGGCAGGUUUGCAGCGGUCCGCAACUUCGUCGAGUACAUCUCUGCGAAACCGGACGUCUGGGUCACCACGCGCAGGGACAUUGCCAAGCACUGGCGAGACACGUUUCCGUACAAAAGAGGGACAUUGUAA